AUGGCCGAACCUAUAGGUCGUUACAACCCGUUGAAAGCUCGACCGAUCGAAGAGAGUCAGGAUACAGGCCCAGUCCUGGAGAGACGAAUUGGCCGCUACAACCCGUUGAAAACUCGACCAGUCGAAGCCAAUACAGGUCCAGUUCUGCAAAAACGUGGUGGCUGGGACCUGAUCUGUGGUGCGGAUCACACAUACCAGUGCAAAGACGAGACCUGGGUUUGUAGUGACAACGGCGAUCCACAUCCAACGACAUGGUAUGACUCCGAGGGCAUCUGUGCGACUACGUGCACAUGUGACUGGAUUAUCAUUCAUGUUAUUGAAAGGAGUGAGUCUAACGUCGAGGCUUCCGACUGGAAGAGGAGCGAGAAUGUGAAGCAGCACACGUAA